UCGCGUGUGUGGUUACAUCCCCGCGAUUGUAGAGCGUGGCUGAGUGCGACCGCGUGCCAGCGCAGUAGGUUAGCGCGCAUUAGCACGAGCCCUUUACGUGUGGCGAGUGUCCGCGACUCGCAACUACUCGAAGUCGACCGAGGAGGUUGCUGCCCACAAUAGCGGUUUUUGAAUCCCCAGAUCGGAAAUCCUCAACGUAAGAGACACCUCGAAAGGUCGGCGCGGGCAAACGGAUGGACAUCACGUUGCCGAGGGCUCAAUAAAGGAACAAAGUUACGGAGCAACAUGGCGAUCAUGCCGAAUCAACAGAUCCGGAAGGGCAGUCCGGGGACCGUUUCGUUCUCAAAUUUUGCGCUGUAAUCGAGCGCUCGUCGGCUCGACGUGAGUUUGGUGAAUCUCGCGAUAGCCGUGACAUUUGAAGACAUUUCGCCGAAGAGGCGCAGUGAUACCGUCUAAGAAUUAAGGAACGUUGAAACUCGAAUUCGCUCGUCAAGAAAGGUUAAGUGCAACCUCGUACCUUGUACGCGCGAAACGUCCCGAUACGACGUAGUUUGUUUAAAGACUGUAAAGCGGCGUUAAUAGACGUUACAAGGUAACGCCAAGAAUCGGUUGUAAGCCUGCGGCAACGCGAUGUCAAUUAUUUUCGGAGCGCCCGUUGUCGGCAGGGAUUUUUACGUGAAGUUAACUCGUAGUUCUGUCAAAUGAGCGUGGAAGUAUGUAAGUUAAACGCGUACUUAGGGUCUAAGGACUCUCCUCGAGUAUUUGUGAGGUUAGAGAGCAAACUCCCUGCCUGGACAAGCAAGGAACUUAAGGGAGUUGGGUGUUGUUAUACCGUGUAAUGAGUGGCGGUGGUUUCCGAGGGAGGGGCUUCGGACCACGGGGUGUACGUCCUAGUGGACCAGCUGGUGGGCCCCGGUUUCCAAACCCGAAUUACGGGCAGCUGGGUAGAAACGACAAUUGGUCCGAGCGCCCUGCUCGGCUCCCAUUUCCAGCAUGGCGAGGCAAUGGACCUCCUCCGUUUCGGAAUCAGAGACCUCCGUUUCGGUUCAAUGGACCAUUUCCUGUUGGCAAGAGAGGCCAAGGAAUGCCGAGGGGCAUGCCAGGCCGAGGACGUGGCCCAAGCAUGCACCGCUUUCCAGGGCCACCAGGUGUACCAGGACUUUCCGCUCCCCCAGGUCCUCCAGGUCCUCCGGGUCCUCCCGGGAGAGGUGGCUUCAGAUUCGGAGGACCACAGUGGAGGUACGACGGUCCGUUCGAACCUCAACGGACGGAACCUCAAGGCCCUCCAUUGCUCGGCUCAGAAGAAGAGCGUCAGCUGAAAAUCACAGAAACUGCAGACAUGAUUAAGCAGAAACUUUCUUCAAUUACCAAAGAGGAAGUGAUGGAAUUGUGGGACUUAGAAGAAUCGACGGACCCUUUACCUGCUUCUACCAGUGAUGACACAGCGAUUGCCGAUAAAGGAAUCCCUGAAUUGCGACACGAACCUCCAGAGCUCGAUUUAACGUUUAAUGAUCUCAAGGAUAUCGGUAGAGUUACUCUGGAUGGAGUGGGAAUGCAUGGAGGGCCAAUUGUAGAUUCUAGCAAGAGCCGAUGCGAGAAUUCAGAAGAAAAAACUUGCCAGGAUCAAACUGUGGAAAGUACUUGCCAGGAUCAAAUAAACGAUAUUACUUUUUAUGAACAAGUGGGUGGUAGUACGUGUCAAGACCAAACAGUCGAAAGCACCUGUCAGGAUCAAACAGUCGAAAGCACCUGUCAAGACCAAACAGUUGAAAGCACAUGCGAGGCCCAGGUAUUCGAGGAACAACAAGGCAACUCUGAAUCCUCUAACGCAGUGAAAGUCAGUGCUAAUUUGAUAGUUUCGGAGGUUAUGUCUGAUAGUGAUUUGGGUGAAAGUUCAGUGAAAGAGCCAGUUAACUCAUCUCCGACAACGACAGUGACGGUACCUGUAAGCGAGGCUACUAGACAAUCCCUGGAAGGCCCACCAGGAGUGGAAGUAGCGGUAACCAAGUUGAAUAACUCUGGUACCUGCCCCGAAACUGUCGAAGCCAAGAAAAAUCAAGAGAAAAGUUCCAUGCAAACUCCUGUGAGUAAAGCAUUACCACCGAGUUCACAGGAAGCGCCACAAGGUAACCCCAUUCAGGUUGUAAUCGGUGAUCGAGACGGCAGAUCGAGUUCAGGUAGCCAAUACGAAAGUAAGCCAACAGAGUCUUUCAAUAAUGUGACGUUCAAUACCGAACUGUCACCUCCGUUUCAUAAUAGACCAAACUUCCGACCUAGGAACACAGGGCCUCGGUUCGGACCCAGAGAUCCGAGGCCCAGAUUUACUCAGCCAUUCCCUCAUGAUUCAGGUCCAGUCUUCAGAGGUCCACCACCGAAUGCGAAUCUCCGACCAUUUCCUAUGACUAGUCAAUCUGGCACCCACGGAUAUCCUAACCAGAGCCAGAUGUGUCCUCCGAUGCCGUUCCAGCAGAACAAAAUGCCCCCUGACUUCAAUCCCAGGGGUCCUCCUCCGAACAUGGUUUUACCUGGAAAACCCACGUCGGAUGACUCUCAAUCUCAAUCCGACAAAACCACCUCCGAGAACUUAUCGAAGGGAUGUAAACCUGCGAGUAAACUGACCAGUGUCCACGGUCCACCUGCCUUCGUGCCCAGAGGACCUCCACCCAUGAGCAUAUCGACUAACGUGCCUCCACCUGGCAUGGCUCCACCUACGGCCAGUGUCCUACCACCGGGUGUUGCGGUCAGUAAGUCAAGCAAAGAGGAACUGGUCAACCUGCCAGGCUUCAAUCCUCACCAACCACCACCGAAACUUCCUCCGAAGGAGGAGAUUCUGCAGCCUCCACCUGCCUUCGAUCCAAGACUCUCUUCGCAGGAUCGCUCCAGCUUGCUGCCAGGCAAUAAUGUGCACUCAGCGGGUGGAGUGAUGACUAUGGGGAUGAUGGAACCUCCUCCGAUGGGUGACUUCACCUUGACCUCCAGUUAUCCACCCAUGGCACCGCAGAUCCCACCCAUGGGCAUGCCAGGGCCACAGUCCUUCGUUCCAACUGUACCGAUGCCCUUUGCUCCAGUGAUGCCUCCUGCGGCUCUGCCACACAAGUUCCCUGUACCGGAUGUGACCAUCAAGCCGGUAAACGUGCACCCUUUACCCCAGUCUACGGUAUGUAGUCCUGCGGUGAGCCUUAUACCACCUCCGCUGCCAAAGGAACCUCCUUCGGGUACAGGUCCAGGACUCGGCAUGGAGGACGACCUUGAAGAGAUGCAGGAAGCUAUGGAGUUCGCCAAGCAGUUGAUGAACAUGUCGGGGAAAGAAAACACCAGCUCCGUGCAGUUCCACAUGCCGACGUUUCCGAAUCUCCCGCCAGUGGCCACGGUCGCCGAUGGUCAGGGUAAGGUACCCAAGUUGAAGGAACACAAGUCGAAGAAGACGAAGCACGACGUGAAGUACGGACCCCAGCCCAUGCCCGUGGUCACGGUCUUACCCAAGGAGGCGGUAUCCAGGGCAGUGCCGGAAGAGCCCACCCACAACCCCGUCGUCGAGGAAGACGCACCUCUGGUCGAGGAGCAGUCUCGGCCUAAGGUCGUCUUCAACUUGAACUCGAAGACGAAGGUGAUCGCCAAACAGGACGAGUGGCAAUACCAGGUAGAAGAGGUCUCUACGAAGCUGAAGAAGCUGAAACCGCUGAUCCAGUCCGGAGCCCGGACUGGCAAGGAACUCGCCUUCAACCAGCUCGAGGCAGAGGCUCCCCAGAGCACCGAGUUCAACGACAAGAAGAAGAAGAAGUCCGGGCGGGACAAGGAGAAGGAGAACGAGAGGAGCUACCGGUACCACGGCUCUGAGUCCUACGAGUCCCACGCUAAGGACAGGACCACCAGGUCAUCCUCGCCCCCGAAGGCUCAUACCUCCUCCAGGAGGGUCGAGACCUCUGUGUCGGAAACUUCCUGGAAGACCAGGGUCAUCAACCGGUUCCUGAAGAUGAGCAAAAACGACAUUCGGAAUAUGGUUAAUAAUUCAAGCCUUAGGAAGUUCGACAUAGCCAUGAAGCACCUCGUCAAGGAGAAGAGGCCCUCGCUGUCCUGGGAGAUGCGGAACUCCGAGGAAGAGAAGAUCAGGCACUACGACCGGGAGGAGUUCAUGUCCCAGUUGAACGCAAUGCUCGACCCCAGCGCCACCGUUGAUAUCACGAACCUCCCCACGGAGUUCAUCCACCACCUCUCCGAGGUUCUGCAGCUGGAUGCGACCGACUGUGAGGACCUCGACCUGGCGAGGGCGUCGAAGCAUGCCGGAGAAUCCGCGACCGUGGGCAUGAACCUCCUCGAGCAGGGUACCCACAUCCUCCAGAUGGAGAACCCGGCGACGCACUUCCCGGUGAAGGAGCGCAAACGAGAGAGGUCGCCCCCGCCUCCUCCGCCGGAUUCACCGCCUCCUCUUCGGGUUCUCCAGCCCCAGCUUCACCAGGGGACUGUCCAUCACCCUGAGCGAACGCAACGCCGUAGGAACCCGGAAAACCUCGGCGAGAACCCGGUCGAGGUCGUCACCAGGCCCCAGAGACGCAGGUCGAACCUGGCCGAGCAUCCUGGCGACACUGUCGAUGGGUACAACGUCCCUGCUCCUCAGGACGCAUCCGAGAGCAAGGAUGGGUUCGAGUCAUGGCGGGCGACGGAGGAGAUCCAAAGGCACGUCGAGAUGCGAAGACUACCCGAGGUGGAGAGACUCUUGGAGAUGCAGGCCAGGAACCACCCGGAACUACCGAACAUCGCGGACCUGGACGACAUCUUCUCCGCCGGGAUCGCCAAGGCAAAGUCCGGCUCCAAGGCAGGCCAGGAACUGAGGAGAGCCGACGGGGACGAGGCGAGCCUGGAGGCUAGAUUCAAGGCGCAAAUCUCCAAGCCCUUGGUCCAGCCUGUGGAGAAUGUCGUCGACCUGGACGACAUCUUCAGCGCGGGGAUAGCUAAGGCCAAGUACGGUCUAGCGAAGAACCUGGAGGACGGCCUUGAAGAAGAGAGGAGGUUCGACCUCGGAUCCUCAUCUCCUGGAGAUAUCAGGGAAGGGAGGCUGGAGAGGGAGGAGAGGUGGCGCCGCAAGGAGAGGGAGGACCUGGACAUGUUCAGGAACCUGACAAAGGAGGAGUGGGAAGCCAAGCACGGUAGAUCCAUGGAAAGCUCCCUGGACCGAGAGCUUUGGCUUUUGCAGACCGGCCAGGGCGUCGGAGAGCCUAGGGGAACCCUCGCCAGGAAGUCUUCCAUCUCGGAGUCGCCCUUGAUGAGACGCAGUGCGGCCUCCCCGGUGCAGAUGUCGAUGGAGAACCUGGACCACGACUCGGAGAGACUCUCCGAGCGGUACAGGGAGAUCGAGGAGGUAAACGCUGAGAGGUCCUUCAGCGAAACCGAGUCGAGCACGACCUCGUCCAGCGACAGCGGAAGCGAGACCGCCCACGACGUGACGAAGCUUCUCAAGGUCAUCAAGGAGCGGGAGAAGAUCGCCAAGAAGAGGAGCCUCAACGAGACCAUCCGGGACGAGGUCACCGCGGAGAUAGAGCGCAAGUGGCGGGAGAAAGAGAAGCAGAAGGAGCGGAGGGCGCGGAAGAGGGAGAGGAGGAAACGCGACAAGAAGGAGAAGCGGAAGAAGGACCGGAAGAGGAAGCGGAGGUGGGCCUCCAGGCACUCCGACGAGUCCGGGAACGACGAGCCCUUCAGGCUCCUCACGGAGGACGAGAUUAAGAAGGAGGUGGAGAUCAAGAAGGAACCGGAAGAGGAGAGGCAGGUGAAGAUGUCGGCCGAGAGCAUCGCGACCAGCAACGGAAGCGGUACCGGGUCGGGGACCAAACAACUGCCGAUAAGUUCCGGAAGCAACGCGAUGGGUCCUGACAAGUGGCAGAAACUCGUUGCCAAGGACGUCGGGUCGAGCUCUCUCUCCAAGAUCGCCCUGACCGAUCAGUGGGUCACCAGCACCCUGGCGAACCAGCCGAAGACCAAGGCGCAGCUGAAGCAGAUGCCGGAGAACGCUGGAAGCGAUCAGGUUGCGGCAGAGACCCCGAAGACCCAGGUCAAGCAGGUCGCCAGGGUGCCCGCGAAAGCGUCCCUUCUUCAGCAAUCGGCCAGCAAUGGGAGCAGCUCGAUGGACAGCAUCGACAGGCUGAACCCAGCACCUAGUUCCAAGGUAUCCGAGGUGAGCUCCUCCAGUGUCGUCGUCACCGGGGUAACGACCUUUAAGGGUUCUCCAGCCUUUGCCGGGAUUGCGGUUCCCGCUGCGAGCAAGGUUAUCGACGUUAAACAACCCGUGACGAAACACCCUGAUGUGGCUGCAUCAACGAGGAACCUUGAAGUAGCGCCUUCACCGAGGAGCCUUGAAGUAUCGUCUUCAGCGAAGACUGCCGUUCCGCCGAUCAAGAACCCUGAAGCGGUCCCAACGACCAGGAGUUCAGAGGCGACCUCGAACCCCGGUAAGUCGAAGAAACUCGAUAUCCACACUUACAAGGCCCGGAAGAUGCAGUUGCAGAUAAAGGAACAGGAGAAGCUGAAGAUCAUCGAGGAGAACCCGAACCUGCUGACCCAGGACCUCCUGAACAUCCCGAUACUAACGAAGAAGCGGAACGAGGAGACGCUCGUCGAGGCUGCCCAUGAAGACAAGGUCAGCGCCGUCCAGAAGGUGCAACCGGCGAAGGUGGACCUUCCUCAGGAGGCGAUCGUCACCUCUGCGGGGGAUAGAACCCUCGUAGAAGGUGCCGGUCUCAUCAAAAAGAAGAAGAAGAAGAAGAAGAAGGUCCUCCCCAGUAUGGCACCACAGACAGAAGCUGAAAAGCCACCGGUAGCUCCAUUAGCGGAUCCAAGGUUACGCUCAGCUGCGCCAACGUACACCGAAAUUGGACAAACUCCUGCACCUGCAGUUCCUCGGGCACAAACCGUUGCCAAUGCGAAUGUCCAGGACCCCAGGAAACCUGGGAAUCCGAACACCACUCGUGCGGUUCGUCUCCGUCGUCACAGAGUCCUUGAUCCUGGACCGUCCCCCUUAUCGGUCGAUAUUUCUGCAGCAAGAUUGCUUCCUGAUGGCCCGUCGAAAACUUCAACCGUUGCUGGGGCUGGUGCAGCUGCGGAGAAAUCGGUUCCUGGUGGAGUGGUGAAAGCGUCCACCGUUGCAGGCGUUGGUACUGUUGCAACCAAGAUUAUUCCUCCUAGGGCGUUGAAGUCUUCCACCGUUGCUGCUGCUGCAACUGCAGUCAGGACGGAUUCAGCUGGAGCAUCGAAAACUUCAACGGUUGCUGGUGUUGCUGUUGCAACUGCAGCCGGAACGGUUCCUGGUGUAGAUGCAACUGCAGCUGCACAAACUACUGCUAUCCUGGCGACGGGAGCUGUAAACUUGGGUACGUCGACUUGUGAUGACGGCCCAAUGAAAAAGGUCCUUGAGACGAAGAAAAGUGAUGAUGUGGAUCCUGCUUCGAGUAAGGUUGACGGUGCUCCUGGAAAAGCAGCCGGUGUACUUGGAAACACGGAUUUAGUCGCGAAGGUUGUAAAUGUCGCCGUUGAGAAGGCUGUUAAUCCUGCCACGAAGGCUGCCAUUAUUGCUGCUGCGACCAGCAAUCCUGUCGUGAGGUUGGAUGCCAUUCGAGUGAAUAAAAUGGUCCUUGCCGAAGGCAAUUCAGGUGGGACUGCAGUGACCUCGAAGAGUAACAGCAAUCUGCAGAAACAAGACCUACCUGUACUCGCAAGCAAUUGUAGUGCAAUAAAAGGAGCCUCUUCAACGAGUGGCCAAACCAAGGAAGGAAACGAAGCUAAAAUUCCUGUAAAAAUUGCUGAUGCUCUCCACAGCUCUUCAGCAACCACCAAAGACCCGAACCAUCCUAUCCAGGAAUUUCUCACAGACCCUGCCAAUAAUCUGCCUCAAGAGGGGAAGCUCAAGAAGCCGAAGAAGAAGAGGUCCAAGGAGAAGGCCGAGAAGAGGAAGAGAUCGAAAACUGACGAUCAGGACCCGAAUGAGCGGACCCUGAAGAAGAUGAAGAGGAUCAAAUCGAAAAGCAAACCAGAAAUCCUAGAAUCGGACAAAGAAACUCGACCCAACGAACCUGCGAGGAUUUCUAAGAGAAAUGAUCCUCUCUCGUUGAAACCUGAAGUGGAACCAACGGCAUUAAACCCUGAAGAGGUCACUCCCGAUCCACCUCGAAUCAAGACUAAGGACCUCUCUUUUGGCACCGAUACCACGAACAGGGAUUUUUCGAGCAUUAUAAGUUUGAAGGGCUCCACGGAACCGGAUGUUACCCUGAAGACCACUCCGGGUCCGGGAGACCUGAAGGAAAAGUUGAAGAAAGAGGACGCCAUUGCUGAAACCGGUGACAAGAAGUCGGCAUUAUCUGGAAGGACAACGUGUAACGUGGAUGAAAUAUUCGACGAGCUCAUCAGGAACGUGGAGGGGUCUUUGGAGGGCAUCAACGUCGUCCAGACGGAUCUUGGAAGCGGCCUCGAAGAUGUGGAGUCUUCGGUCAAACUGCAGAACAUAAGGAUUGAAAUGGGCGCGAAUCCUUCUCCAAAUAGUCCUGGUACUGAGGUAACGAUACCUAGCAAUGGUCUGCCAGAAAUUGUACCUGAAGAAAAUGUCCCUGAAGAGCGACCCUCUCGGGCGGAGAUUUUCCGGAGAGAGAACGAGGCCCUGGAAGCUGCGCUCACCAAGUCGCCUCUGAUCGAGGAGAUCUUCGACGAGCUCAUCAACAAAUCCAGCAAAGCUUCGAUGAUCCAGGAUGCUGAAGAAAGCAACCUGCCUCCCACCGAUGAAGAUGCUACCGAUAAAGAAGCUGAACGCGUGCUAGUCGGUAACGAGACCAUACAUUCCGGAAUUGAGCUUGAAAAUAUCACGUCUUCAGGGUGUAGGAGCGUUGCCGAAGAGUCUGCGCAUUGUUCAAGCAUGGAUCUCCCUGUAGACGUUCCUGGUACCGUAAACUCUGGGAUUGAAUUCGGAAACGUCACGUCUUCAGGGUCUGGAAGCAUCGUCGAAGGCCCUACACAUUCCCCAGGAACGGUUCUCCCUGAAGACGUUGCUGAUAUCAUGAAUUCCGGAAGUGAAUUUGAAAAUGUCACGCCUUCAGGGUGUAGGGGCGUUGUCGAAGACUCUGCGGAUUGCUCGGUUCUCCCUGUAGACGAUGGGGAUGGCAUCGAAGAAGCGAAGAACGACGCAGUUCCUGAAGUCGUUCCCGAGGAGAUCCUAGAAGGCGUUGAAUCGAGGAACAGGAUGAUCAUUCCCGGGGAAACUGACCAGGGUAUGGGUAUCGAGCAGGGCCUGGACAUUGUUCAGGACGAGGGGGUGGUGAAGAACGUGAAUCUUGCUCAGGGUCUCGUCGUCGUGGACAUAGAAGAGAUGAUGGGCGGCAUCGUGGAGCCAGAGAGCAAGGACAUCGUGGAGAAUCUAGACCUGGCCGAUACCAACUACGUCCCGGAAUACCCUGAAGAGGACCUUGAACAAAUGUUCAACCCUGACGGGGCGAACCCGGAGCUCGAAGCCGAUGCCGAAAUCGGCACACCUUACGUCGUCCCUGAGGAAUUGAUCGGCGACUUUUUAGGGAAGCAUCCUCAGCCGGUCGUGCAACUGAAAAGGGUUCCUUCGGACCUCCUGGCCAAGGACGAGGGCGACGCCGUCGAAGACGAAGGACCAAAAAUUAAUGCACAUAUAUAUCCUUUAGAUGGUGCACAAGAAGAAAAAUCUCAAGCAGCCAUCUUCGAGGAAAAUGAACGAUCAGAGACCGUAAACCUUGAAGAAGAGGCUGACUCUAGGCAGAACGAGAAGGUGGGGGUUCAGGACGACGUUUUAAUUAGUGACGGCAUGAAAAAUCAGGCCGAGGUCAUGGAAGGUGUGGAAAGCAAUAACCUUGAAGAACCAGGUAAGAAGGAACAACGCGAGACUCCUGGGGAUCUCUUUACCAGGGAUUUAUUUCUCGAGGGCGAAAAUAAACUGGACGUUGAUGUCGAGAACGACGAGUUGGGCGUCGAAGAUGAAGAUACCCUGAAGGUGCCAGGAUGUGAAGUGCUGGAGGAAGAUCCUGUCGCCUUGGAGGAUCAGGUAUUUGGUAUAGAAGAAGGUGGAGCUCAAUCGAACGUGAUCGUCGAUGGUCUAGUUGCCGAAGAGAUUCACCUAGACUUGCAGAGGGAAUUGGAGGUGGGUCUUCAAGGCUUAGUGGAAGAGGUCUACGUGGAGCCGCUCAAGGACGAGGACAUCCAGAACUCCGAUCCCAGUCACUCGCACCAGGUCGUUGAAAUCCAGUCCCCGCGGAAAGAGACGGAGAACGUCGACAAAGAAGGUACCAAAGAAGAGAGAGAAGGUGAAGAAAAUACAGACAAUGCCGCGGAAGGUCGAGACAGUAAGGAGAGAGAAGAAGUUCCGGAAGACGGGGAAAGAAACAAUGGCAGGGACCAAGGGGAGGAGAAGAGAGAUGCCGAAGAACGAGAUGAAGAUGCCGAAGGACGGCGGCAAGGUAACGGCAACAAGGACGACUCCGACGAGAAGGGACACCCGGAGGAGAACGAGGAGAACGACGAGACUGCGAAAGAGAACGUCGAAGAAAUGGACGAGGAGGAAGAGGAGGUCGAGGAAGUCGCGAAUGGCGGAGAGAACUUUAAGGAGAACCUGAAGGAGUUGAGAGAAAACCGAGCGGUGGAAGUUCUCGAGGAAGAAAGAGACCUUGGGGCGAAAGAGGGUGAAAAUAAGGACGAGGCUGCCCCUCUCGAUGACGACGCCCAGGACGAGCAGGACGUUCUUCGAGUAGACCUUGAAGACUCGGCGGAAAUGGAGGAGAUGUUUCAGAUGGACUCUCCGCGGAAGUCCGAAAAGGUCAGCGAUGAGAAGGACAAACUGAAUUGGAACUCGAGGGUAGAAUCUCCCCUGGAUAGAGGAACGAGUUCGGUAGACUCGCCGAUGGUGGACUUUGAAAACGGGGACUUCAUCGUCCUCUCCGAGGUGUCCUGCGACGAGGACUCCGAUGCCGAAGCGGAAAUAGGAUGCGAGGGAACCGUAAUAAAUUCCGAUGCUCGGUACCAGGUGAAACCAGAAGAAGAAAUCCCAGGCGAUCUAUCGGAUCAACUUAAUUCUGCACAUGGUCCACCUUCCAUGGCAGAUGCACCUGCAAAUGUUAUCGUCCACCCUGCAGGACCUGGAGGUAUGACCGAAGCGAUACCGAUGGGUCCUGACGAGGACGUGGAAGAAAUUAUAUAUAGCGAGGAAGGUCAAGGGAAACUUGCGACAGACGUGGUUGGUGUAUCGGAAUCUUCUGGGAUGCUGAUAGAAAUGUCCUCUGAUGAAAUUCUUUCAGAUGCACCUGCAGGAAGGGUUUCGAUUUCCCUCAACUCGGAUCUGGGGAGAGACGAGGCCGAUAUUUUGCAGGAAUCUGAUGCAGCUGCAGAGAAAAUUGCUGGUGGAGCUGCGGAGAAAUUUGCUGGUGAAGCUGCAGAGAAGAUUGCUGGUGAAGCUGCAGAGAAAAUUGCUGGUGAAGCUGCAGAGAAAAUCCCAGAUGCAGGUGUAGAAAAAAUCGCUGAUGCACCGUCUGUCCAUCUGCCAGAGGCUGUGAAAGGUAUUCCUUCAGGAACAUAUGUGAUAUUAGAGCGUAAGAAAGGAACUCCAGAAAGGACGCGUCGACCUUCCGGAACAGAAGCUGAAGAGACGUCUGAAGCCGAAGAGAAGGUCGUCCCACCGAUUGAAAGUUUGGCCGAAGCCGUAUCAGCUACUCAGGUGGGUCUAGAAAGGACGAAAUCACAGAAGUCCUUGGGAGAUCAAUCGGAGCCUGAAGACAUCGAAAAAUGUCAGUCUUCUAGUCAAGAUCUCUCAACAUCGCUAGCGGAAGAACCUGAAGAACUGAAGGACCAUCCUCAAAUAAUUCCUGAGGUCAUAGAAGUGACGCCAGAUACGCUUGACCCUGAAAAGGAGGAAAGUAACGAUAUCGUACCGAUUAAGACCGCGGCAGACUCUUCAGCAUCAGUUGAGAGUAAAACAAGGUCUCCAAGGUUGGAAAAUAUUCAGUUGGAAAUUAAUCGAGACUCUUUGCUGCAGACUUCUGCCCUGAGGAGUGACUCCGAUGAAAAGGAGAGCAGAAGUAACAAGACAAUGCCCUCGAUAAUCAGCAUCAUCACGCCAACGAAGAUGAUGACCUCGGCAUUGAUCUCGGAAGUGACAAAAGAGAGGAAGAAAAAUCAGGAUAAAAUGAUGGAGCUCAAUUCCAAGGAGGGCGAGAAACAAGAGGAGAGUCAAGAAGGACUGCAAAUCCCGGAUAAGGUCUCGAGUCCCAAGGGAUUUGCUGAGGAAACAAAUAGCCACACAAUAGGCUCUUCAAGUUCCAGUGAUAACCCGAUGAUAGACCAUCAGAAACAUUCUUCAGAGGUCUCCAAAGGGACCCUGCAGGUUCCCACGAAGGCUGCCCUGAAGGAAUCGCCGCCACCCUUUUCACGGAUUUCCUCGGGAACCCUAAACUGCUAUUCCCACCCUGAAGAGGAACAAAAUUCCCCAAAACGAGCGCCGAAGGGAACCAUCGCGGAAUCCAAUUCCCAGGGAGUCUUGAGAGACUCCAAAUCUGUUUCGGAAGGUCCCUUAAAUUUGGAUGCAAACCCUGAAGAGGUGGCGGGAGACGUCAACGUCCCUUCAAAGGUACCCGAAGACGACCUCGCAGAGCCGAUUACCCCGGAGAAGGGAAAUUCCGCCAUUCGCGACAUCGUUGAAGAUGUUAAAGAUGUUAGCGGUAAAGUCGAUUCCAAAGGUCUUCAGAAAUCAUCAGAAGACCCUGCAAGAACAACCGACCCUGGGACGAAGAAGCCGAAGAGUCGACCUGGUGUUCGCCAGUAUCCCAUCGUGGAGCUGGAGAAGAUUCGAGAAUUGGACACCCUGGCGAAGACGAUGGAAGAGAGAGGCUCCUACACCGUCUCAAGAAACAUCAUGCCCUGUAUAAAGACGUCUUCAGGGUCGGUCGAGGGACCCACGGACCCCCAGGAGAAGAAAAGCAGCUUGCACAGGGUAAGACACAAGCACAAGAUGAAGCAUAAGGACAGCAAGAGGCACCACGUGCACGAAAAGCUGGUCAAGGAGGCCCUGAAGGAGCAAGAGGUCGUGACGGUGGUCAGCAAACCGACCACGAAGAAGGCCGUCAUGGAAAGGAUGAUGGAGAUCGACGUGGAGAUCCACAAGCUGAUGUCCGAGAAGAUAGAGCUAUACCAGAUGCUGGAAACUGGGGCCCUGACCGACGACCUGGAAGAGGAGGACCCUGCCCCCGUGGUCCACGAGAAGGUCCCCGAAGAGAGCGUUCCCCUCUUCAGGUCUAAAACGCCGAUGCCCUUCAGGCCGAAAACGACGGUUCCUUUGAGGUCUAAAACUCCUACACCUUUCAGGUCCAAGACGCCCACCUCGAACAGGUCAAAGACCCCCUCGAUGCUGAUGAAGUUCAUGCCGAACCUGGAGAACGAGAUCCAGAGUUCCAAGGAGGGUGCGGAAGCCUCGAAGCCGAUCGAGAGGGAGAAGGUCGGGUCGUCUCUGAAGAGCUUGCCCUCGAGGCCUAGCGAGGAGUCUCUUUCCUUGAGCUCGGGGGAUGAAGAGAUAUCCAGGAUCUCGAAGAACCGGAGACCACCCUCGCCGAGGAAGAAGAAGAGGGACCGACACGAGAAGGCGAGUAAAAAGGAGAGGGAGAAAGAGGCCAAGGCGGAGACUAUUCAAAAGACCCUGCUUGCCGACUGGCAGACGGAUACCGAUGAAGGUCACGUGCCGUUGCUGAAGAGCCUCAACGAGGGGGCACCCUGGAAGGAGAAGGUGGUCCAGUUCGAGGUCGGGCAUAGAGAUAAGGUUCUGGUCGAUGGGGGUCAUAAGGAGAAGGAAAAGGACGUCGGUCACAAGGAGAAGGUCCAACUCGAUGUUGGUCACAAGGAAAAGGUUCCUUUUGACGUUGACCACAAGGAGAAGGUCCACGCCGACGUUGGUCACAAGGAAAAGGUACAGUUCGACUUCCCGAAGAAGGAGAAGCACGUGCACGUAGAGGAGGAGCAUAGAUCCAGCGGUCACACCCUGAAGAGGGAUGGUUCCGAAGGUAAGACGCAUACUCCCAGGCAUAAACCUCGCAAGGAACGAGAGGAGAAGGACCAGGUUGGGGAUGGUACCCCGAGUCGAGAAGACGCGACCAAGCCUCGAGAUAAGACCCCGAAGAGGACCAACGUGCCCAGCGAAGGUAAGCCCCCUAGGCCACCAAGUCGGGACGAGAAGAACGUCUCGGAUUCUACAGAGACCAGCAGUCUUUCGGAGAUGUCAAGAGAUGGGUCAAAGUCAAGGGAUAAGGUCAGUCCUGGGGAAGAGCCGAAGAAGGCCAAGGACAAGUCCGUGGAAUUGGAGAAGAAGGUCCUUCCCUUGAAUCGUAGCCUACAAACGGAGGUAGAGAAAGGGAAGGGUCAGGCAUUGAAGUCCUUUAAGGUACCCGAAGACGAGUCCACGAUCCUGGUCCCGGAAAGUCCCGUAAAGAACCUGAGGCUCGAGUCCAGGACGACUUAUCACAGUCCUAUCUACUCGGACGAUAGUACCUUGGAGUCCUUCGACGGCCUUGGAGUCGAGAAGAGGCCUACCACCGGUCUCGCUCUUCUCGAGGAGUCCUACAACCGCGAGAUGGCCGAAUUUAGGAAGCAAAAAGCCGAAGCCAAGAGGAAGAGGAGGAUGGAGCUGAAGGACAUCGUCGGCCACGUGUACGCGCUUUCGCCCGAAGAGGAGGAGAUGCCCUUGAAGACGCUUUACUUGAAGAAGCUCCAGCAGAAGAAAAACCUCCUCAAGAAGAAACCGUGGACGCUGCCUCUGCUCGACCCGGUAGUCGAGAAACACAUUGACGAGGUCAUCGACGCCGUUGCCAAGGAUAGGGUUGCGGACCUGUACAACGAUGAACCAGGUGGCCCUCUUCAGGAAAAAGAUGCCUUACCUAAGAGUACGGGACUCCCGGAUGUCUCCUCAAUUUCCCCAGAUUCUUCGCUGAAGCCUGAAGAGUCUGUACCCGAGGAUGACGAGAAGCCGCCACCUGCCAAGGACUUCGUGGAGACCUGCGAAGGGAAACCCCCUGAUAACCUUGCUGAAGAACAAUCAGAAGAUCCAGUAAUUAAUGUCGAACCAGUCCACCAGGAAGGCCUACUCAACAAGCCCGACCUAGACAACAUCGACAGAGUAGCUGAUAAGAAAUCAACGGAAUUCUCAAUUGCUGAUAGGGAACCAACGGGAUCCCCAGUUGCUGAUAAACCUGCAUUAUCGCAGAAAAACACUCCCGAAGACAUUCCUCCCGACCAGGUCUUAGAACCGACUCCAAGGUUAACCGAAGAACACGAAGAAGAUGCCGAAGAGGUGGAUGAAACUGACACCCCGGUCGAAAACGAGAUGCCCAAGGUUGGCCAAGCCAAGGACAUUGAAAGAGAGCAAACCAGAGUGUGUCGAAUACCCGAAGACGAGGACGAAGAGGUCGACGUCGAGGGUAUCGACGACGACGAUGUGCCCAUCCUCGCUCUGAGGUCCUCGUUGCCGAUUGGCUCGAACCUAGUCGAAGAGAAGUUAUCUCUCGUGGAGAAUGGCGAUAAGGAGCCGGAAGUUCCCGAGGAAGGCGAGGAAGCUUGCGGCUCCGAGGACAGGAAGAUCGACGAAGAGGAUGAGAAAGCUCUCCUGGAGAGCCUCCUCGAGGCAUACGGCGAAAGACCGGAGGAUUUCGAGACGCAAUCCGAAGCGACCGACGACUCCUCGAAGCCGGUCGACAACGAGGGAGGUCAGGAACCUGAAGAGAACGUGACCCGGGAGGCGCCUGUGGAGAGAAUCGUUCCUCGGGAUGAAAAACCAGCCUCGGGCGAUUUAAGUCCUAAAAAUUCAACACAUAACGAUUUAAAUGUUGAAAUUUCGGCAAAGGGGGAUUUAAAUGUCGAGAAUUCGGCAAGGGACGAUUUACGGGGUAAAAAUUCCCACCUUGGGGACGAUUUACCUGGAGAUAAUUCCCAGGUCGAGGGCGAGGACGACGUAACGGAGGAAGCAUCCUCGGGAGAGCCGUUACAGGAGGAGAAGGCUGCACAUCUUGAAGAGUCCACCAGUCUAGUCGUCAAAGAUGGGGUAGGAGAUCCAGUCAAGAGGACGGUUCCCGAGGAAAGGGUCCGCAAGGAGUCGGAGAAGGCCAACUCCUCUAGAGACGAGGCGGACCUUGAAGAGAGUCGCCUCUCCUCCGAAGAGGAGGUCCUCGGAAGUAGACCCAGGAAAAGGGGCAGGAAGCCGAACCGGGUCGCCUCCGACAGAAGGUCCUCCAGGACAUCCGAGGAAUCUAAACGCACCAGGAGUAGCGAGACCUCUCGUGAGAAGAGCAGGACUCGGUUUUCCGGGUUGCUGGACAGUCCCACACCCGGAGGGGAGACCGACAGCUCGGUAGGGUCCAGCUCCAAGCGCAGGUGCACCAGGAGACGGUCGAACGUCCUGGAGGACAGGAAAAAAGAGGAGGCUCCUAUCGGCAACGAGCCGCGAGACAGGAGACGAGGCAGGAAGAGGAAGAGCCACACCCUGGAGGAGAUGAAGACCUGCAAGGUGCGACUCGUCGACAGUAAAUACACGUAUUUGAGGUCGGACGUGCACCCCAGCGUCUUGCGACGACUGGGCAUCUCCAGGAUCAACCUGUGCGCCCUUGAGGCUGGAUCGUUCCCGAGGAGCGUGGCAUCCACCGUCUUCCCGAAGACCACCGUCGCGACGAGUACGGGGUCGACGGUCUUUGGGAACGCCGAAGGACCCGAUGUCCUGGUUUCCAAGCUCGCGGGGACUCCGGGUCCUCGAGAACCGACCGGUGCCCGGGUUCCCACCUUGGCGACCUCGAAGAGCCCUCUCGUCCCCGUCGUCAAGGCCGAACUUCUUGGCCACCUUAGCUCGGGUGGACUUUCUUACUCCGAGCGCCCUGAACGCAGGGAAGCCUCCCGCGACGAGGCCAGCCCUGUUAACCUCGACCUGGAGGAACCGUCCAGGAUGCGCUACACCGUGCACAAGGGCCCGAUUUUGGACAUCAAGGUGUUUGACGACUCCUUUCUGGCUGCCAGCGAGGACGGCACGAUAUAUCGGUACAGCCAGACCUCUAAUGGGAUACUGAACGUGUACAGAGGCCACAAGUCGGCGGUGACGUGUCUCCACGUCCUGAAGACCUCCUCUAAUAGUCUUCCCAAGGACAGGAUGUACUCGGGAUCCCUGGACGGAACCCUGCGAUGCUACGACAUCACGACCGGAUUCGAGGCGCAAGAGCCGACCGACCUGGGGAGCCCGAUCCAGUGCAUGGACUACUCGUGGGAGAUCAUCUUCAUAGGCACGAAGUCCGGCCACGUAUCUCGCUUCCACGUGGAGUCUGGCACGCUCAAGGGGGAUAAGAUCAAGUUCUCCGAGAGGUCCGUCCUGGCCUUGAGGGCGACCUCGGAGGGUCCCAGAAGGGUGCUCAUCGUCGCCUCUAGGAACCAGGCCAUCACGAUAAGGGACGCACAAAAUGGCUUGUUCCUAAGAACCAUUUGUGGGGAAAGGAGCCACACGGUGUACAGUUUGCUGAGGGAUCACAGCUUGGUGUACUGCGGGACCAGCAGCACGUCGAUUCCCGUGUUCGACUUCACCACUGGCGAUCAAAUAAUGCAAUACAACGCCGGCGUGGGCAUCGUCUGCAUGAGGCUCUACAAGAAGCUCCUCUUCGCCGGAUGCUACGACGGCAACAUCUACGUGUUCAACACGAAGGAGAGAAGACUAGCCUGCAGCAUACCCGGCCCGGGCAACAUGCUACUGAGCAUGGAAGUCAUCGGAACAAAGAUCAUCGCAGGAAGCAAGGACCGCCGACUUCACUCGUGGACGAUGCCCGAUCAAAUCCGAUUGCUCUUGGGCGACACGACGUAACGGAGACGCGAUGUCAAUGCGAAUCGCGAGCUAAUCAUGCGCGAGAAGUCAGUCCAUGAUAAACGGCAGGCUCUCGGUAAUGGGCGAAUAAGGGAAAAUGUCGAGCCCUUGCAUUCGCGAAAUCAUUAAUAAGAGGGCUCGUGAAAAACUCGCGACAUACACCCUGCGUACCAUUGAGAAAUCCAAGAUUCACGUCCCCAACAAAAUCCCGUUCGGGACGGACGCGUUCAAGGCUCUUGUAAGACCAGGUCGGCCAUCUUGGAUUGUGGCGUCCCAGCGUAGAAACUCGGGGAAAAAAAUCCCAAACCGAUAUUCCGGGGACCUAGUGAAGCCUGGUUUACGUUCCCGGGCCCAAUCGCUUGUCUAUCCCCCCAUCCUGAUUUUCACGGGGCCGUUAAUACCUUUCCUAAUUCAUAUUCUAGUUUAAUUCAAUCCAACGCGGCUGCGUCUCUUAAGCCCGUGCGCGGUGCGCAAAUAUCGGUACCCUAGCUUAAUUUUCAAGCAGCUUCUAAUUAAUUAGGCGGAACGGUUUGACGGCGGCGUUUAAUUUAGCCGUUAUCCGAGUCUGCUAAGAGUUACGAAAACGUGGGCCAAAUCAAUUCCCAAGCGAAGCUCGCGCGAGCAGAUUUUUUUUUUUAAUGACGCGCGUGCGUCGUUUCGUAGAUCUGUAGAUAAGUUCGAAGUUGAUAACUAGGGUUAAGAAGAGAGUUAACGUUAAGUUGAGGGAAGGACAAACGCUGGCCUUGAUACGAACGAUUGAUUUACGAGGUGGGAACCAUACCGGGAGCGUAAACCAGGAUUUAAGGAAUUUAAUGGGAUUCGGCGCCGACGCCAAAAUUCAAAAUGGCCGACCUGGCUCCGUUGAGGCCUUAAACGACGAAUUGACGCUGUACAGAACCCCCCGGACUAGGCAAAAGUGACUAUGUAAUAUAGAGUACAAAUAUAUGGAUGUGCACAUACCUAAGCCCGAUAUGUGCGUAGCGAUCGCGUUUGGAUAUGACGAUAGUAUUAACGGGACAAUUACAUCUUCUUCUUACUCGUA